AUGUGCAUUGAUUACCGACAAUUGAGCAAAGUGACGAUUAAGAACAAGUAUCCACUGCCGAGGAUUGACGAUUUGUUCGACCAGCUUCAGGGUGCAAAGGUGUUUUCAAACAUAGACUUGAGAUCUGGCUACCAUCAGUUGAGGAUUAGGGCAUCCGAUGUCCCUAAGACAGCAUUCCGCACUCGGUACGGGCAUUAUGAGUUCCUGGUCAUGUCAUUUGGGUUGACCAAUGCCCCAGCAGCAUUUAUGGAGUUGAUGAACCGAGUGUUCAGGCCAUAUUUGGACAUGUUCGUGAUAGUCUUUAUUGAUGAUAUUUUGGUGUACUCCCGCAGCCAGGAGGAGCACGAGCAGCACCUUAGAGUGGUUCUUCAGACUCUGAGGUAUAGUCAGUUAUAUGCCAAGUUCUCC